AUGACCCUGGACCUUACAAAGCAACUAUAUGAGACAAUAACUACUGGCGAGCACCCCAAUGUGCAGCUGCGGCUGCAACCGCCACAGCCUGGUUACGAAGGCAUCGUCGCCAUCCCAAACGAUGGUUCCACCGAAGUUGUAUGUUUUCAGGAGGCAUUCUGCGAGAUCUUCCUAGAAUGCCACAAGAUCAUAGCUAACUGCCUAGGAGACCGUGGGGGCCCGCUACCUCGCGAGACAUUCAUGGCGACUGUGGGUCUCCUAUUUACGUCCUAUGAAAACCGCUCCGCAUUAAACUUGCACGAGCGCCUCUUCCUGGAGAAGAUGGAUUCGAGUGGUGGCACGGAGACCCUAGACCGUGAGAUAAGAUACGUGGAGGCAUUGCUGACCUCCAAUAUCGGUAAACUGAACAAGUCGUCAUCCCUUUGGCUAUGGUACCGCAAACUGGUAUUAUUACAGCGUGAAAAGUGCAGCAGUGUGGGCACGCGGGUUAUCGAGGUUUGCAAACGAUCAGCUGAAUUGCAUUUUGCUAAUUACUACUGCUGGAACACAUUACGGUGGUAUUAUGAUGUUCUCGAGUGGAGCCAUGAGGAUGUAGCGCCGGUCCGUGAGAUGGUGCGCAAGUUUGCAUUCUCUCACUUGCGCGAUGUUUCUGCGUGGGAUGCGCUCUCUUACCUAUAUAGCGAUGGAGGAGCGUACACCAGCAGCGACUAUACGCGAAUUGCCCAGAGUUUUGGCCUAGAUGCUCAAUUGAAAACUCCGCUCGAGACUGCUGUGCAGAUUCGGUGCGAGAAGGCUACAGAAGUGGCGCGCGAGUUGAUUAGAUUCAUCGAUACCUGCGAGGUGUGCGAGUGGAACGCCUAUCGUUGUCUCUACCUUUUGCUACAGUACAGCAAUUGCAACAUAGCGGAACUAGUUACCCAAUGGCAACAAGAGCUUGACAGUUUUGAACGUAAUGUGAUACUUGUCCGCGGUUAUCCUAAACUUCCCCAGCUAGCACCGGGCGACGACAUCCUGGAACAAAAGAGACAGAAACAAAUGAUGAAUAAAAAGAGACUGUUACACAUGGUUCACAAAGCUCAGGAUGGGGAAUAG